UUUUUUUCUAACGUGGACGUGAUUGAUGAAAGGAAAUCACGUGACAAGAAAUUCUCCCUUGUGGGGAGGACCAGGGGUUGAAACUUGAUUCAUGUGGUCAACAAACCUUUCACUCAAGCGAGCCAAAAACGGAGAACAGAAACCUCUAGCAGAUACAGCAAAAGAACAGAAUUCAACAUGGCAAUGGAAGGGGCAGCAAAAUGCAUCAAGCGAACAUUGUUUUUCUUCAACUUCAUCUUCUUUCUGGCCGGCCUUGGCUUGAUGGCUGUUGGAAUUUAUGUACAGCUGAAAACUGGAGACUAUAUUGAUCUACAGUCAGUAAAAUAUGCCACUGGUUAUAUCAUCGUAAUUGCUGCUGGUGCACUCAUUGCCCUGAUCUCCUUCUUUGGGUGCUGUGGUGCCAUCAAAGAGAGCCGUUGUUUGCUAGCUGCUUUCUUUACCCUGCUUUUCAUUAUCCUUGCUACUGAGGCUGCAGGCACGGCACUGGGUUUUGUCUACCGUGACAAGGUCAACCAGAAGCUACGCCAAGAUAUGAACAACACUCUUGACAGUUACGGUCAGAAAGGAAAGGAAGGCAUUACUCUUGCUUAUGACUUGAUCCAGAAAAUGGAGAAGUGCUGUGGUAUAAAUGGAUAUGAAGACUGGCAACAAACCCCAUUUGCUAAUGGUAGUAGCACCUUAGUGCCUGAUAGCUGCUGCAAAAAAGAAACCAAGGACUGUGGGUCUAACUUUGCUCAAGAUGACAUCAAUACCAAGGGAUGUCUGGGUACUAUCAUGAAACUGCUAAAGGACAACUUGAUGAUUGUUGGUGGUGUCGGAGUUGGUGUUGCUGUUAUUCAGAUUCUGGCCAUGACCUUCGCUAUGGUGCUUAUCUGUAAGAUUGGAGCCCAGUCUGAGUAUGCAUGAUCAUCAGGUUAUAUUUAAAAAAUACAGUUUAUAUCCUAUAAAGGAUAAGCCAACACACUUUUCCUGAAACAAUAGACUUAGGAAACACUUUUUUAAAAGUUUUAUGAAUGCUUUACUUCGCUAGCAGUUACUAACCUUUAUAUAUGUAAAUUACUCACUCUGCCGUGUGCCUUAGAGUCACAUGGCAAAACAUUUGUGAGAUUUGGAUUCAUUUGUAGGAAAUAUUCCACCUCCAUUUUCUCUAUUUUUGCAUAAGAGCAUGUAGGGCUAAGCCUAACAUUGCCUAAACUUGGGCAAGGAAGUUUUUAAUAAAGAAAACUUAAAAGCCCAA